UACUACUCUUCUGAUAUCUCUGAAGAGCUUGUUUGGCUGAAAAUGGCGUUAUACAGUUUUUCUUUACAACCCACAUUCAUUGCUUCUUGCUCUGCAUUUGUUGCAAUCUGGACCGUUGAUUUGGCCCAAGAGAGUAGUACUCAGCCUUUAUAGUAGAAGCACUAGCUAGCUAGUUGGAAGAAACAAUGGCGAGAAGAGCUUGCACAUCUCUUCCAUUUCAUGAUGGUAGUGUUGAGGAGGAGAAGGGGCCUACCUUCUUCAAGAUCAUAAGGCCUGGAUUCAACACUGAGCAUUUGAGAAUCCCACCUGCAUUUCGGAAGCAUAUAUUACAUGAAUCCAUUAAGAGGGCAACCUUGAAAUUGAAGAAUUCAUCAGAUACUUCCUGGACUGUUAAAGUAAUCAUAACAGGAAGGGAUAUAUAUUUGAAGGAUGGCUGGCAGGAGUUUUUAAGAGAUAACUCCCUAGGUGAUUCCGAGUUCUUAGUGUUUAGGUAUGACAAAAAUAUGCAUUUCAUCAUUAAUAUUUUUGACAAAAAUUGUGUUGAGAGAGUGAAUAUCACCGACCUCAGAACACAUAAAGCACCCACCUUUCCAGACAAUCCUAAAGGGCCUUUGGCAAGACCACCUACAGCUGCAGGUGAUCAUCGAUAUGACUUGGCUGUGGAAGCUGCUCAUGUGCUUAAAUCCAAAGGCGAGCACCUUCCAAGUUAUGCAGCUGCUGCAGCUUUCAAAUCCAAAUUUCCUUACUUUGCAAAAGUUCUUGCAGGAUCGAAGAUGGUGGCAAUUCCCACACAUUUCUAUAGGGAGAUAUUUUCUUCAAGCAAAUAUGAUGAACUUUUCCUGGUGACUGCAAAGGGAAAAUUCACAGUGACGCUUCUCCCAUGCACUGAUACAGUGAUGUUGUCUGGAGGGUGGUCUUCCUUUAGAAAUGACAACCAACUCCAAGAAGAUGAUAUUUGCAUCUUUGAGCUUGUGAAAGAAAACACCAUGGUGGUUCACAUUUUCCGAAACUGAUUAGCUUUAAGCUACUGUUAACAGAAUAAUUUAAGCUGUAAGCAUUAAGGAUUUCUUUCUCAUUUGACUGAGACAUGGUACUGGCUUUAAGAAGUAUUGUAUUUAGGAGUAUGCAUCAGGCAGUAUCAAUAGUUUAAUAUUAACUAGUUCACCAUUA